AUGUUUGGAGCCUUUCAAGACGUCGUUGACGACUCCGACCCCUUCCCAGCCCCGUACAACAUGACUGUAGCUGGAAAUGCAAAUCUCUACGCCACAUACUGCCGCUCGCAUGCCAACCUUCAAGCUUACUUGACCAUCAACACGGAAGUCGAAUCCAUGACGAUCGAUGAACUCAUCGACUACUUGGAACAAUCUGCUAACUUUCUCCAAGCGGAAGACGACCCUAGCGCUACCCUCUCUAUGCUGCAGGCUAGCCCAGGCCACCUCGCUCCCCUUAUCGAUGUCCGGACACCCACGAACAUGACGGUACUGCACGCCAAACUUCCUGGUCAUGCUCUCCAACGCUAA